AUGGGUCAAGGAUAUCUGUGGCAUUUACCCAAGAUCGCUUCUCCAAGGUGCAACUGGACUCAAGGAGAGUGUGUACAAAAUGGGUGGGUAGCCCUCGAUAUCCAGGGGGCUGGUUUUGUUGUUGGGAGGGUGUGUAUUGAGGAGAGACACAUGGAAUCUGAAGACUACAUCUACUACUACGAUGACCUAAAUAUAAGUGAGGGGUACCAGAUCUGCAACAACAGCAAUGUAAUGGCCUUUAGCAGAGUCUUCCUCCCUACACUCUACAGCAUUGUCUUCAUCGUGGGGUUCAUCGGCAACGGCCUGGUGUUGUGUGUCCUGGUCAAGUACCACAAAAGAUCCAUAUCAGAUGUGUGCCUCUUCAACCUGGCCCUUUCAGACCUCCUCUUCCUUAUCUCAUUGCCUUUCUGGGCUCACUAUGCCACCACCACUCAGUGGAGCUUUGGGAGCUUCAUGUGCCAUGCAGUGACAGCGCUCUAUAUGCUGGGAUUCUAUGGCAGUAUCUUCUUUAUGAUCCUCAUGACCAUAGACCGCUAUGCUGUCAUUGUCCACACCUAUACCUCUCUCUUCUCCAAGCACCGACAUCUGAACAUCCUUGGCUUCAUUAUUCCUCUCUCAGUGAUGGCGUUCUGCUACUCACGUAUCAUCCCCAUCGUAAUGGCCAUGACGUCUCAGAAGAAACACAACACUGUCAGGCUCAUGCUGGUCUUGGUCAGUGUUUUCUUUCUGUUCUGGAUGCCAUACAACAUUGUGAUCUUCCUGAAGUUCCUGCAUCAACUGGGUUAUAUGAACACCUGUCAGUGGAAUCAGGACCUGAACAUGGCUAUGCAGUGGGUGGAAACCAUAGCGUUCACUCACUGCUGCAUCAACCCCAUCAUCUAUGCCUUUGUGGGACAGAGAUUCAGAAAUUUAUUUCUAAAGAUCCUGAAAGAGUGGUUUCCUCUUUGCUUUGCCCAGUGCCCAACAGUCACCAAUCAGUUAUCAGAGACAGGGAACUCCUCAUGCUCCUCAGUGAUUUCCAGCACAAAUAUUGUUCAGCUAUAA